UAUGUUUACCUGUAAAGUGUGAACUUUGCCUGAAGCGGGCAAGAAUUGAAAUGCGUGUUGACGUUUAUGACAUGUUAUCCCAAUGUUGUGAUGGGUUAUACGACGUAUGUUAUAGCUUGUUUGUUGGGUAUUGUUCCAGUGAUUGGGGAUUUUGUGGUUAGUGCAAGUGACAACCAAUUAGCCAAGUCAUUAUCAGACAAUUUAACUCAUGGAGUAAUUGGUUUUUUAACAUGGUUGUUGGUGUGCGUUCAUUAUGCACACGUAUCAGCCUACGUUUCAUUAGCUGAGUCUGCUGCUUGUUGUUUGGCAGCUUCUGCAAUUGAUGUUGAUCAUUUUGUAGCAGCAAGAUCCGUGUCUCUUGAGAAUGCUUUACAAUUGAAGUCUCGUCCAUUCCUGCACUGCACAUCAAUACCAUUAUUAGUUUUUGGUAUAGGAGUAGUUGUUGGUUAUGUACUGAAAUACUCUAUGAUGAAAAGAUAUUCAUGGUUACUUAUUGCAGCAUUACUCAGUCAUCACAUUAGAGAUUCUACUAGACGGGGCUUGUGGCUUUGGCCCUGCGGUACAACUUACCCAUUACCAUAUUAUUUAUAUGUAAUUAUUACUGUACUGAUACCAUUCUUAAUUGUAGCUGGAAUGAAACUGACAGAUACCACUUACAAUUAUGAUACAAUAAGUGUAUAGUACUGGUUAUCAAGUUCUAGAAGAGAUUUGUUACACUGUUAUAAAACUUUUAUAUCAAUACUAAUGUCCAGAAUUGCAGACAUCACUGCCAAAUUGUUGUCUUCUAUCUCUGACACUGCGUUAUUGUUGUAACUUUCAUACUUUCUCUGAAAUACUGGGAUUUAGAUAAUAAUAUGCACUUUCAUCAUUAUUGUGUAAAAAAAGUGAGUAGUAUGUUGAAAUAUAUAUUUUGCUUUAUAGUUUAGUUUCCUGAACUUUGUAAUGAGUAGAUCUGAAUUCCUAAACUAAGUACUAAUACAGUAAAAAUAAAUUUGAGAACUAUUUACUUGUGGGGAAACAGCCCUGGUGGGUGUUGUUGCCUAAACUGUAUACAUGGUCUUCUUUCGUCUGUCCUUUAUUAGAAGUGCCCGAAGUAUGUAAGUAAAUAUUUUCUUAGAACUUUACUUUAUGCCUAACUUAGAUCAGGAUAAAUGAUAGAUUCUCUCAAAGAGGAAAGAUGAUAGUGCAGUUUGAGAAUUUGCUUUGCCAAAGGGUAUAAAGAAGUAUUCACUCUUUCACAUUCACUAUCUUUGGAACAAUAUGACUACAGAUUCCAUCCAUGAGUCAUUCUGGGUCGCCAAAGUUAUCAUCAAGCACUAAAGUGUCAGUGCCACUAAAUGCUAUACCAACUACACGUGUCAAUGUGUCUGCUGUGAUGACUGUACGAUGCUUCAAUGCUCUCUUGUAGAACCUUCACUGUUGUUUGCAGUUGUUAAGAAAUUUCAGACAUGAUCUUCCAUUGGUAGAAAUGUGGAUGUGAGGCCUGUAGUGUGUGGCAGGCAAAAGGCAUUUUUAUCUAUCCAUUGACAUGAGUCAAUGUUAGCAGUGUGCAUCAUUAUCAUCGUCAUCUUUUUAUAGGUAAAAUUUCUCGUCACCUAAAAGUGAUGGAAUAAUGGAGUAAAAUCAAUAUUUGGAGCAUAUUAAGAUACACCUCACCAGUUACAGUACAUUUAAAGAACUGAUCAAUCAAACCAUGUGAUGAUGAACAACAUAGUGAUCCCCUGUCAGAUUCACUUCGGUACCCACAAGAAUAUGGGCGUCUAUAAGAUCAUAGAUCACAUAUUUCUGAUAGUUUACACCUCGUCAGACAUACCACUUUUAUUAUUUCUUUAAAACCUUCAUCCUUGCGACCUAGGUCUCCACACUAACCACAAUACUGAAACAUUUAGUCCAGGCUGUGCUUGUUCAUAACAAUAAGUAGUUUUGAAAUGAGCAAUUCAUUUUAAACCUUUUACAGUUGGUGGUUUCUUCUGAUUGCCAUACUCACAUUUGUGUGCAUGCUGAUUCACAGAUGUUUCAGUGUUUGUGUAAAGUGGUGGAAUACAACACUGGUAGCUGAAUUUGGUUCUUUUGUUUUCUUCUGUAUCUUCACUUAUUCACAUCAGUUACAGGACUAUUAGCUUCAAAUUUAUUCCAAAUGUAGGUAAUUAUUUGAACAGGUGGAUGACUAACACUUUUGCUACUUCAGUUGCAUUUAUUUAUUUUCAGACUUGCAGUAGCACUUCAGCACAGCCUUGUGGUAAUCAAUUUAAAACCGUAUUUAUCCAUUCUUGUUCCAAUGUCGCCUUCUCACAAUGUGAAUGUAAGUCGUGACUCACACCAUUGAUUGGAAAAGAAUUGAACUAUAUUUCCAUGCAGGAGUCAUACUCCAUUUGAAUCUAAUUCAAAGAAGCUAAUUAUUAGAGAAUUAAUUCAGGUUUUUUUUCAUUAAGAAAUACUGUCUGAAUCCUCUUCUCUAUAAUGGAAAGUUAAUAUACCUAGAAAGAAAUUGCUAAGAGGACACUAUAACAUUCCAACAUAUUGAUUUCCAACAUUAUCAGAUUAUGCACAGCACAUUCCUAACUACCCCUGAUGCUCCUUUGAUUGUACAGAAAUGAUAAUACUGGGUCAGUUGCACUUUGCUCUUUGUUCCUGUGUAUCAGUCUCACUUAUCACUCUGGAGGUAAGUAUUUCUGGUGUAAAGCUCUAAUCAUUAAUAAAAUCUGAUUGGUUAAUCCCCAACCCGUGCUGUGACAUUCAUGUUUUACACUUUAAAAUCAAGUUGAAAUAAAGAAACAACUUUUACACUAAUAACUUAAUAGACCACAAUAUUUAUGGAACUUUUGCAAGAUCUACUUGUAACACAUUUUGUAACAUAGUUAUGAACACACUUGUAUUAUCUAUUCAGGCUGUGAUGUAAAGCUGUGAUGUAUAGGAUAAAUAAUGUAUCUCCUCCCUUCAGGAGUGAUCAGUAGUGGUAUUUUUAUAGUUCCUUACUUCUUGGUGAAGAAAUGUGUUAUUUAUGAUAGACCAUAUAUUGGUAUUUAAUUAAAGAUAAACACAUAAAAUAUAGUCAGAGUUUGUGUCUAUUGCAGUGGGCAUUAUAUCCUUAUAUGGCUGUGAUGUUCAAAGUUCAAUCUUGCCAAAGGCAAACAUUUUAUUAACUUAAGCUGCAGUAUCCAUUGUAGCAUGAUAUUUGUACAGGUAAUAUUGUUUGUUAAAUCUGUCAAAUUCUGUACACUGAAACCUCAAAUGUACUUGAUAUUUAAUUUUACCAGAGACUAAUGUAUUUACAAUAUUUUAAAUAAAAAAGGGUUUUAAGUGUGUGUAUGCGGUGUAAACA